AUGACCCCUAUGCCUUCUCACCCUACAAUUGCCCCUGGCGAUCACAAAUCCUUCAUGGAAUAUGCUCUCGACCAGGCACGCCUCUCACCUCAGGCUCCAACCAAGUUCUGUGUCGGGGCAGUCCUCAUCGACGGCGAUACUGGAAAGAUUAUUUCCAGUGGGUACUCCUCCGAGCUCUUGCCUGACCUACCUGGCGAUCCAGGCAAUCUCCAUGCCGAACAUUGCUGCCUCAUCAAAGCCGCCGAACAACAAGAUAUAGAAGAAACCAAAGUUGCAGAGAUCUUACCACCAAACACUGUUCUGUACACCACCAUGGAGCCAUGCAAUGAGCGACUGAGUGGAUAUAAGAGCUGCGUUGACCGGCUGUUGGACCUCAGAGACCACAUCAAGCUUGUUUACGUCGGGAUAUCAGAGCCUGGGGCAUUCCUGCCUUCGGCCGAUGGUUGGAAGAGACUGGAGGACGCUGGUAUUGAAGUCAGACGGAUCGAGGGCAUGCAGGAUCGUAUUCUGGAGGUAGCCACCGGCGGACAGCAUGGGUGGAAUCGGUGA